GUUUGUUUACUCUAUCGCAAAUAUUUAUACAUGAAGUUCACUUGAUGGCACAACUUCAAAAUGUUUGUGUAAAUGCUAUUUUGAAGAUAUGAAGUAUGCUUCUUGGUAUUGUGUCUGCAUACCAAGUAUGGAUUUUCAUAUGCAUAAUUUUUGAAGUCUCAGCUGAGUGGGAAUUAUUUUGUUAUAAUGAAUCUAUGCAUGUACAGUGUGGUGCAGAAAAAGCUAUUGUUAUUCAUGAAGCCCAUUUUGGAUACUUUAGAGAUAUUUUAUUAUUGUCGAAUUCAACGAAAAAAUGCCGUUCACACAAUGCUAAAGACUGCUGGAUUGAUGUGACUGCUAACAUUUCUAGAAAAUGCUCAGGUCAUUCUCUUUGCAAAAGCUCUGUUCAUUAUUCUUCAGAAUUGUCUGCGGAAUUGUUAUCAAAGGAAUGCUCGUUUAUUAGUGACAAUCUAGCCGAGCCAACAUUAUUUGUAGAAUUCGAGUGUAUUUCAACAACUCUUAUUACACGAAUAUCGAAUGAGAAUCGUGUGGAUCCAGAUCAAAUCGGUGGAUAUUUAAUCAGUUUAGAUUAUAAUGAAAUAAUACAAAGUGGUUCAGAAUGGAGAAGUCAUUUAGCUGAUGCAAUGUGUGGUGCGCCUACAGUGAAUCAUCUACCGCACCGUUUCUAUUUACCAGCGCCUAAACUUGGUACAACAAGACAAUCGUCUAUCCAUCAUCAUAAUGACAAUGAUAAUAAUGCCGAUGACAGCAGUCUAUUCAAUAAAGGCAUAUUGGCUACAUUUAUACUGAGAAUAAAAGAUAUUGGUUUAACUAAAUCAAAUGUAAAUAUGAUGCCCUCUGCCUCUUCAUCGUCAACAUCAUCAAGGACAUCAAUAUCGAAUAAUAAUAAUAAUGAUCUUAUCUUAGCCACGGGACCAGCUUGUCCAUCAGAUCCAGGGAAAGCAUGUCAUCAUGACUAUUUGUCAAUUGAUGCUCGAGUGUCUAGUUCAUAUAAUUCUACAGAGAUUAUUAUACCCAUCGUACGUUUUUGUCUAGUCAAUAGUUCAACAAAAACAUCGGCAUCAUCAGAGUCUGCCGCCCCCACCUACGCUUCUUCCUCCUCCUCCUCCUCUGCAUCAUCAUCAUGGUCAGCGUCAUCAAUGUCUUUUUCGUCCUUCUCCUUCUCUUCAACCACAACUACACAUGAUAAUGAUUAUCAGAAAUUAUUUCCAGUUGAUGAAACACAUUUAGUUGGACAAGUGUAUGGUCCAAUAAGUAAUGCAUUUGGAUUACAAUUCACUUCGAAUUUAAAUCUAUUAGAUCCCUAUAUCAUACACGGGAAAGGUAUCAUGUUAGAAUAUAUUGCUCUUUUAUGUGUUCCAAUCAAUCCACCAAGUGGGAAUGGUAUAGUUGACUAUCGUUUUCGUACAAAUCCGCAUACAUCGCAUACAUUUGCUUAUGCUGAAAUCUUCUGUCCAUCUGAUCGUUGGUUAGAGCCAACUGAUCCGGGAUUAGAUGAUGUUUACUCAGGAAUUAUUCAUACUUCUAUUACUACUAAUAAUAAUGAUAAUAACCCUUGGUGGUUAGAACGUAGACGACAUGUUACAUUGAUAUGCGAUCAUCAUGAACGUAAAUGGACUCCGAAUAGACUACCAGAGGCUUGUUUAACAUCUGACGAAUUGACAACUUUCGUUGCACAAAUUACGAAGAAGUUACAAGAGAGUAAAUCAUCAAUGCCUAAUGAAUUCGCUAAUGAUAAUAAUACGUUAAGUGGAGCAAAUGUCACUUCUAUCUCUUCAUCAUCCUCUUCUUUGAAAGUUGUUGAUAGUGGCGAUGAAGAAGAUGCGGCGGCGAGGAAUGGCUACACCUACCAGGCCACGCAUAUCUCAUCAGUUGUUUUAGGUUCAAUACUUGGAGUGUUGGUAUUGCUUUUAGCUGUCCUCUUGGUUGUUUACAGUUUACGGCAUAAACUGUUUGAUCAAUAUCAUAAAACAGUCAAUUUAGCUGCUAUCUCAUCGUCUAGUCGUCUUGGUUCUUCAUCGUUGGCAACGUUUAGUCGAUCAAAAGAUACUCUGCUGUUUCCAACAUUUAAAAAAUCUUCUUAUAAUACUCUUGUCACAAAUGGAAAUCACCGUAAUCUAUUUAAAUCCUAUCCACAUUUAAUAAGUCAUCAGACAAUAAUGAAUGAAAGCGUACCUGACCUACCAACACGACCACGACAACUACAACAACAAUCAUCAGUACCUCUAGCACCAUCAACUGGAACAAGAAUAACAGCAUUACAUAGUUCAAUGAUUACUGGAAUGAAUAAAAAGACAUCAAAUAUUGAUUUAAUGAGAGGUAAUGGCGGUUAUCUUCCACCAUGGCGUAAUUCCUUUAAAAAUAAUCAUAACAAUAUGAUUAACAGUACUGUGACGCCUAAUGCUAUAUCUGCUUUAACUUUAGUGCCGAAUACACCAGGUUCAGAGCACCGACAAAUGAUGACCUCCUUACCAUGGCUUCGUACUAAUUCAUCUACACACAUUACUACUAAUAAUCAUCAUAAUAAUAAAAGUAUAACUAAUCAAAAUGGUAGUAGUAGUAAUAAUAAUAAUUCAGCAUUUGGGGCUUCUAGUGAAACAAUGCUAUUCUCAUCAUUAAAUAUACCAAAUGGGUUACCACGUUCAUGGUGGUUACCAUGGCGUAAAAGUAUGCGAAAAAAACGACGUCUGUAUACACAAUUACAAAGACGUCAAGAAAUCCAGUCAUCGCUAUCACAACGUGGUCUCCUAGAGUCCAGUAAUAUGCUAGACAAUAAAUCAACGCCACAUUUACGUAAUAGCAGUUAUUUGAUGACAUCGUCUAAUGGAUUCUUGAUUAAUGAACCAUCACGUUCAGGACCAAUGCCUCCAUUACCUCCUAUACCACAGUCGGCAACAUCAUCAAAAAGAGAAGAGGUGUCGCAUUCGUUUGCUGCUAAACAUCCACCUUUACCACAACAACUACGAAUAAAACCAGAUGGAGGAACCGGUAGUGAAAGGGUUAAGACAACACUAGUAACAAAUGAUGGGAAUAAUUUCGGUGGUGUCAAUAGUACUUUAUACACAAAUCAAGAUCCAAUGAAUUCACCAACCUCAUUAAUGUUGUAUACAAAUUAUCAGUCGAAAAUGACACCAGAUGAACAGAAUAUGCUUAACGUAUCAACAAUAUAUCCGAAUAAAACAAAUUCGAAUAAUAUCCAAUCAUUCCCGUCAUCAUCAUCAACAGCCUCAUCGUGGAUGAAUAUGGUUAAUAAUGGCGCUGAUAAUGAUUUACCGUGGAAAUUCACUCCACCGAAUAGAAACAGUUUUAGUAAUGGUAUCCGUCGUCUGUCAUCGUUCUUUCGUAGUUUCCAUCAAAGCAAUGGGUCAUUUACACCGCCAAGAAAUUUUUCCGCCUCUUUUAAAAAGUCUUCUUACAGAUCGUCAUCGUUUAAUACACGAUCGGAAAUGCCGUCUAUGCCAACACUGCCAACGUUUAAUCACAAGACUACAUCGAAUAUGAGUAAUAAUCAUAAUAAUAAUGAUAUUAAUAAUAGUAGUAAUAAUUACAUUAAUCAUACUGAACAGCCCAUGGCGAAUCAUGAUUCAUUCCGUUUAUUAAAUGGGCGGCAUAUUACACACCCAUUGAUGCAAUCAUCGCAAGCUUUAUCAGAAUCCAGUGAUUUACAUAAAAAACAUAAUCGUGCGUAUAAUUUAUGGAGUAAUCAGACAGUUAAACCAUCCUUAUUUCAACAAGAUGGAUAUAACUUCAAUGUGUAUAGCAGCAGUGGAGAUGAGCAUACAACUAUCGGCGAUAUGCUAUCCGGUUCACGUAAUACAACUAAAACAAGUUUACAGGGUAGUAGUCGUCUAGAUUCCUUAUUAUCAACUGAGUUGAUUGAUUUAUGCGGUGCAACCACUGCUGCAGGAAAUGGACGCAAUGGUAGUGGUGGCGCUUUAAAUAAAGAUGAUCCAUUCAUGAAAAUGAAUACUACAUCAACUACACUGAAAGAUCCUAAUCCAAUAAUGUAUAAUAAUAAUAACAAUAGAUUUGAUUAUAUUGAAAAGGAUCAGAUUAAUCAAUCACCAUAUAUCAUUACUACUGAUCCGUAUUUAGAACCUGUUUCACUUAAAAGACGACAACAGAAUUUGAUUACUAGUCAGAUUAAUAAUAAUAAUAAUAACAUUGAUAACAAUAGUAAUAAUCGUAAUCCAACUAAUGGCAAAAUCAAUGGUGAUACAGGAAUCAAUACAAAUUAUGACCUCCUCAAAGGAAAUAAACCUGAUCAGCAUGCAAUUCAUAGUGGAACAAGUUCUGCCAUCAGUUCUUUAGUAUUUGCUGAUGACUGUGACAUCAUUUCAAAGGUAUCCGAGAGUUCGCUGAAUAAAUCAGAUCAAUAUAGUGAAUUGCACAGGUUAACACCACAAACAUCAAAUAAAUCGAUUGUUUCUGAUCCAACUCCUGUUGCUCCUGCACCUCCGCCUCUUACUUCUGCCACUGCAUCGCAUAAAACGGCUAAUCCUCCAACGAAUAUUCUUAAUAUUCCACAAUUCAAACAUAAUAUACCUACAAUUGAUUAUGUCACAUAUGAUGAAACACGUUCAUCAGAAAACAAUCUUUUGAUAGCAAAUAAAAAUCCUGUGAAACAACCAAUCAUAUCCCCGUCGACAGACUAUAAGAGUAAUAACAAUAACAAUGAUGAUGAUUAUUAUGCUCAAAAUAUCUUAAAAUCAAAUGAAACAAUUCUAUCAUCCAGAUCAUCGAUUAUGCCUGACUAUUCACAAAUGAAAAGAAGACGAAGUACCAUAAAAAGCUGUGAUUCACGUCCAUUAUCUGAUGCAAUGAUUAGUAAUCAUUAUUAUGAUCUAAACAAAAAUACAAAUUAUCAAGAUAUCUCUAUGAUAUCACCAUCGCAACCACAACCAUAUCCAGGAGACAGAGAUAAUAACAUUCCAUCGGCAAUUAAAUCCCAUCCACCGCUACCACCUUUAUGGUCUAAUAGUAGUAUAAACAAUAAUGAUCGAAAUUUUGGCUCAGUAGAUUCAUUAUAUGAAACAGUUGACAUACCGAAGACAAAUUCUGCAAUUCCUGCAAUGACACCGAAAACUGCAACAGCAAUGGCUCAUAUGGUAAGUGUCGAUGUAUUUAUAUUGCAUCCUGAUAACAGUUAUGAGCGGGUGGAAGAUUUUGUCCAGAAAUGAACCAAUCAGAACUGAUCAUCUACAAACCUUGACUCACAGUUUGACUAACAGACAACCAGUGAGGGUAAUCCUUUUGAAACGCCUGCGCUUUGGAACCAAAGUUAUGCAUAUUUUCUCAUUUCUGAGUCAUUGAUCAGAAAAUACUUCCACUGGUGGGGUAUCAAAUGGAGCUGUAGGUGUUCGUGCACAACCGUGUCUAUAUAGCGGUUGAUUCAACGACCAUCCUUAAUUCCCAGUAAUCUGAAUACAAACUAUGCUGAACGUUGUAAAAUGGCAUUACCGCCGACACCGAAUUCAUUGAAUAUCAAGGCACCAAUACGAUCAAUCGGUGAAAUGGAUGAUUGGAAUCUACCAGGUUCAGAUGAUUCAGAUGAUGAUAAUCUUGGUUCAUGAAGUGAAAAAUUAAAUAAAUAAAUAAUAAUAAAGCAACAUUACUAUAGGCAAAUUUCUAUUCUUGAGUGAUUCUUUCUUAACCAUUCAUAUCAUAACUACUACUAAUCAUAUCAAAUUGGUGGAAGACAAUAAAAAAAUCACAUUGAAUUCCAUCCGAAUUUCAGUCCUCAUCAGGAUUACUAUUCAUUUGUACAUUACAGUGGAAGAAUAUCAUAUCUAGACAUAAUCUUUUCUACUACUUGUAGUACUACAAGUACUACUAUUCCUUUUCCAGGAAUCGCCGGUAGGUGCCAGUACAUUCACAACCUUUGUCACAGACACUGUUCAAUAAGUUGAACAUCCAUUGACACAUUGAACAGACGGGUAACAAAUUUAAAAUCAGGAUACCAGAGAAGAAACACUGCUAAAAAUUAAUGAACUGAUUAUAUAUAUGAGUCUUCCAUGAGAAUAGAAGCUUCAUUUUCUCUCACCUUUUUUUCUCUUCUGUCCCCUGCUUUUUUUAACUACCUAAGAAUAUUUUCUAUCUCAAGGCAAUUUCAUCAUCAAUUGUAAUGUAAUUAAAUUAAUUCUAUAUGAGAUCUUGUUCGAUCAUAGUAUCAUCAACUCGCGUAUUUCCCUAUUUCUAUCAACACAUAUCCAUUCCCAGUCCCGCGUUUUCAUUCUUUUCAGAAACCAACACAGACACAUGCAAAUGCAGGCAGACACAUCAGUUUAGGUCAUAUACACGUCAUUUUCCUACCCCCCCCCUCCAACCGACUCCCUUCUCGCCUCUGCUUCAGCUCCACUCUUUCUUCCUUCAUUGUAUUCAUCAGUUUAUGCAUAGAAAUAGUACUAUUAUUAAAACUCUAGUAUUGAACAUUUUUACAUAUUGCUUUUAUUUUGAAUAAAUAACUGUACACAGGAAAGUAUUAUUAUUAUUAUUGUACCUUUUGUUUAUUUUUAUUGCGUUCAAACUGUUUACCAUGCGUUUUUUUAAACAUUAUACCAAUUUAUGCAAAAUUUAUUACAUAUACAUACAUAUUUAUAUGCAGAUAUCAUAAGUAUAAAUGCAGUUUCUCCGAGAACCGGUGUGUUUCUCUCUCUAACCGUUCAGUUGCGAAGUUUUGCGUUUUUGUUAGCUUUACAAGCAUGUAUCAAUAUGUCAGUUAUUAUUAUUAUUAUUAGUAGUAGUAGUA